AUGUCCAGUUAUGAUAAAAAUUUAAACCAUAUCCUGCCAAACCUUGAUUCUGGUGAGGUUGAAAUCGUUCCUAUUAUCCAAGAUGAGACUACUCUUUAUGCGAAUGAUGGUGUAAAGCAAUAUUGGAGCCUGAAGGAUGAAUAUGGCCUACGGAGAAAAUCACAA